AGAGGACUGGAGGAGGGGGGUGGGGGGGGCCCCCAAACUUUGGACAAGGAAUAUGACUCAGCGUCGUCCUCUGGCUGGGUGUUGACCCGCUCCGACCCGCUCCGCACGCCACACUCUCACCGAGUACCGCUCCGCACGCAAAGCCGCCCUGGACUUCACCCACGGCCCCCAAACAGCCGGAAUUACCUUUCCUCGGGGAAUGUAAAGAAAUUUCCAAGUGUUCAGGGACAGAAACAGAAAAAAGCAGACGUAUCAGCGCACCCAAAUGGAAAUUAACCUUUCAUUUGAGGGGGACAAUGACAUGUCCUACGAGGAGCAGGACUCACGGAUUUCCUACCCCUUCAGACAGGUUGAUUGGCGUCGCAUCGUAAAUGGGAAAUACUCACCGUGGCCAGUUGUUCGUAAGAUCUGGACACCACCAAGCUACAGAGGCAGCUAUAGCCUGGAGAGGCCCCAGCAGGAAGACUAUGACCCUCCACCGGAGAAGAUCAGCAUUUCCCAGGAUUCCGAAGGUCCACUGAAUGUCAACACCAAUGCCAACACCAGAGGGGACUGCCUGGCUUAUGUGGAGCUCAAUGAGCUGACCAAGGAUGGCAACCAAGAGGACUACUGGCAGGAGACCGGCCGCUGGGUGGGCUAUGAAGAGAGCUACGACCCAAAUGCCGCCAACUGGAGCUCCGCGCAUAUUUCUUACCUGACUUUCAAGAGUCUGAUCCAUCUGCGUAAGAUCAUGAGCUCAGGAGUGGUUCUGCUGGACCACGAUGCGAGCAGCCUGAGUGACAUCGCACAGACUGUGGUGGCUCAGCUGGCGUCCAAGAAGGAGAUACGGCCAAACAGCCGGGAAGAAUUGCUGAGGGCCCUACUGAAGAAACGCAGCCAGAUUGAGCAGAAAGAGACUCCAGCUUCUGAGAUAGAGAUGAAGACCUUCUCUGUCACCAAGAUGAGAGAUGCCAGUAGCAGCGUGGAGGCUGCAAUUGUACUAUCAGGGGUCUUGGACUACCUGCAGAAGCCCACUAUUGCUUUUGUGAGGCUGAAGGAGGCAGUCGCUAUGGAAUCAGCCCUUGAAAGUUCGGUGCCAGUCCGGUUUGUCUUCGUGCUCGUGGGACCCAGCCAGAUGGGCGUUGACUACCAUGAGUCUGGGCGGGCCAUGGCUACACUUAUGGCUGAUCGGGUGUUCAAUAUAUCUGCAUUCCUGGCCCAGAGUGACACAGACCUAACAAACGCUAUGGCCGAUUUCAUGGACUGUAGCAUCGUGAUUCCUCCUACUGAGAUCCAAGACGAGUCAAUGCUUCAGUCCUUGAUCAACUUCCAGAAAACGAUGCUACGCCAGCGGCUUCGUCCAUCUGACACCCGGCUCUUCUUCGACAGCCUGGCAGGUUCCAAAGACAGCGAUGUGCCUAGAGAGGAUCCACUUGCGCGCACGGGGCGCCCAUUCGGUGGCUUGGUCAAAGACAUAAAGAGGCGGUACCGCCACUAUCUCAGUGACAUCACAGAUGCCCUCAACCCUCAGGUCUUGGCCGCUGUCAUCUUCAUCUACUUUGCUGCCCUUUCCCCUGCCAUAACCUUUGGAGGGCUGCUUGCUGAAAAGACUAAUAAAAUGAUGGGCGUGUCUGAGCUCAUGCUCUCAACCGCCGCUCAGGGAAUCAUCUUCUGCCUAUUUGCUGCCCAGCCAAUCCUGAUCAUCGGCUUCUCUGGUCCAUUGCUUGUCUUCGAGGAAGCUUUUUUCAACUUCUGUGAAUCUAACGAAAUAGAAUACAUCGUGGGGCGAGUCUGGGUUGGCAUGUGGCUUGUGGUCAUCGUUCUCAUCAUCGUAGCUGUCGAGGGCAGCUUCCUCGUCAGAUUCAUCAGCCGUUUCACUCAAGAGAUCUUCUCCAUCCUGAUCUCCCUCAUCUUUAUCUAUGAGACCUUUGCUAACCUCAUCAAGAUCUUUCAAACCCAUCCUCUGAUUCUCCACUACGAGAAACUGAAUGUUUCCUUGGACAACCUUUCACAUGUUCUGGAACAAUACGAUGAAAGCAACAGUACCACCCCAACAUACCUGCUGGCACCGUACCCCAACACUGCCCUGCUUUCCAUGUUCCUGAUGUUCGGGUGCUUCUUCAUUGCAUUCUUUCUCAGGCAGUUCAAGAACGGCCAUUUCCUUCCCGGCCCUCUCAGACGCAUGAUCGGAGACUUUGGCGUACCCAUUGCCCUUUUCACCAUGGUCAUCGUGGACAUCUUUAUUCGUGAAACCUUCACUCAGAAACUCGAGGUGCCAAAGGGAGUGACUGUGUCCAACCCCGAUGCCAGAGACUGGUUUAUCCACCCCUUGGGCAUUGAAAAAGAAUUUCCCAUCUGGAUGAUGUUUGCUUGCAUAGUACCGGCCCUGCUAGUCUUCAUCCUCAUCUUCCUCGAAUCCCAGAUAACCACGCUCAUCGUGAGUAAGCCUGAGCGGAAGAUGGCGAAGGGCUCUGGGUUCCACCUGGACCUCCUGCUGAUCGUCACCAUGGGCGGCAUCGGCGCCUUGUUCGGUGUGCCAUGGCUCAGUGCCGCCACGGUGCGCUCGGUCACACACGCCAACGCCCUGACGGUCAUGAGUAAAGGGCCCAAGCCCGUGAUUGAGAGGGUGCUGGAGCAGAGGAUCAGCGGUAUGCUGGUGGCUGUGUUGGUCGGGGUGUCCAUUGUCUUGGAGCCUGUCCUGAAGAUGAUUCCUACGCCGGCCCUGUUUGGAAUCUUCCUGUACAUGGGUAUCACCUCGCUCAGCGGUGUCCAGCUUUGGGACCGCAUUCUGCUCCUGGUGACACCCAAGAAAUACUUCCCCCCCGAUGCCUAUGCGACACUGGUGGCACCGCUGAAGAUACACCUCUUCACGCUGAUCCAGGUCAUAUGCUUGGCGCUGUUGUGGGUGGUGAAGUCCACCAAAUUCUCCCUGGCUCUCCCUUUCAUCCUCAUCCUCACCAUCCCUCUGCGUAUGUUAAUGACCGGACGUAUUUUCAGCACUCGGGAGAUAAAAUGCCUGGAUUCUGACGACGCCAAAGUGGUGCUUGAGGAAGAGCCGGGAGUGGACGUCUACAGCGAGUCGCCGUUGGCUUGAAGCUCGCGAGGCACCUCCUACCAGGUCCAAAUUUAUGCAAGACUCCAAAACACAUGCCCACAAAGUGACGUGUUUUUUUUAAUGACACAUACUCAUGUUGCAAAACGUUACAGUACUUUCAUUACUUUAAUAUAGACUACCAUAACACAUAAAAUUUUGGAGUGAAUUUCCUUAUCCCACUGUAUGUUUUUAUUAAAGUGUUUAUCUGUGUUCCUAGCAAAACUUUAAAACAUUAAGCUUUUUUAAAUAAAUAAAUAAAAAUGCAUUGUUACUACUUUUAAAAAAUACAUUUUUUUGUACAAAUAUUGCAUCACCGGAUAUCUUUUAUCCUACAACUAUAUCUGAUUAUGCUUUAAUGCCUAUUGUUUUUUUUAUGAUAUUCUACACUAGUGUUCAGUAUUGCAGAUGGAUUGAUCCAACCUCUUACGAGGCUAUGUACUCAAUCUGACAUAAUUUUAUAAGAUUGUUUUUUGUUUUUUACCAUCAUGUGAGUUGUAGUUUAUAAGGGCUUUUGUUUUUAAUGUAUGUUGGCUUACAGUUUUAUAACAAAAAUAAAAACAAUUUUGUGUUA